UAACAUUUUUUUUUGUGAGCACCAUAACAAAUUAAACAUAUCCAGUGCGUAAUUCGGUCAAUUGAAAAUUUUAUAGUGAAAAAAAAAGUUCAAGUUAACGUUGACCAUAUUGAAUUAGCCCAGUCAUUAAGUAUAAAUAAAUAAAGAUGUUUAGACAAGCCGUUCGUCAAGUUGCUAAGCAAUCCAGCUCAGUUGUUAGAAGAAGUUAUGCUACUGAAAGUAGUUCUACUGCAUCAGAUGCUUUAAAAUUAUCAUUAGCUUUACCACAUCAAACAUUAUAUUCUGAAGCUGAAGUUCAACAAGUUAAUUUACCAUCAGUUAAUGGUGAUUUAGGUAUUUUAGCUAAUCACAUUCCAAUUGUUGAACAAUUAAGACCAGGUUUAUUAGAAAUUAUUUCUAAAGGUGGAGAAACUGAUCAAUACUUUGUUAGUGGAGGUAUUGCAACUGUUCAACCAGGUAAUAAAUUAACCAUCAGUGCUAUUGAAGCUUUCAAACCAGAUCAAUUUGAUGCUCAAGCUGUCAAAAACUUGAUUGCUGAUGCUCAAAAGAGAGCUGCUUCUAGUGAUGAAGUUGUUGUUGCUGAAGCUAAUAUUGAAUUGGAAGUUUUAGAAGCUUUACAAGGUGUUGCUAAAUAAAUUAAAUGAGAAUGAAUCAAUUAAUCAAUUACUGUACACUAUCCAAUCAAUAAAAAAAAAAAAUCAACUCAUAUGAUGACAUUUUAGAAAAGAGAAUGAAAAAGUUAUCAAUUUGCAUUUAAUCAACCAAUUAAUCAGUCUAGUCCAUUGAUAAAUUAGCCCAAUUACUGAUUAGGUUAAGCAAUGGAUCUAUUCAAUCCAUCCUUAUUUCUUAUAUCAUUUAUUAUUAUUACUCCAAUUAUAUUUCCAAAAUAUACAAUAUACAUUACGAAUUAGAAAGAUUUAAUGAAAUUCCGUUCAAGUAAAGUAAAACGAAUUAAAUUAAAAUAAGCCUUUGUAUAUGAAGUGUAGUGAUAAUCAACUAAUGGUUCUGUAGAAAUGUAGAAAUAAAGUGUUUAACUAAACAGGAUCGGCUGACCUAAUAAUUACUAUACUAUUUUACUAACGCACAUUGAGUUUAGUUCUCGGAUCA